GGGCGCUAUAUAUACCCGCGGGUAGCGCCGGGCGGGCGAGCGCUGCCGGCACCCUGUCGGUCGGAGGCAGCCCGUGGAAUCUGCUUCCCUGAGCGCAGCGGAGCCUGGUCCCGGGCUGGCCCCUCUGCUGCCCCCGGAGCGGGCCAUGCCGCCGCGGGAGCUGAGCGAGGCCGAGCCGCCCCCUCUCCGGGCCCCGACCCCUCCUCCGCGGCGGCGCAGCGCGCCCCCGGAGCUGGGCAUCAAGUGCGUGCUGGUGGGCGACGGCGCGGUGGGCAAGAGCAGCCUCAUUGUCAGCUACACCUGCAAUGGGUACCCCGCGCGCUACCGACCCACGGCACUGGACACCUUCUCCGUGCAAGUCCUGGUGGAUGGCGCCCCGGUGCGCAUUGAGCUCUGGGACACAGCGGGACAGGAGGACUUCGACCGGCUGCGUUCCCUCUGCUACCCGGACACCGAUGUCUUCCUGGCGUGUUUCAGCGUGGUGCAGCCCAGCUCCUUCCAGAACAUCACAGAGAAAUGGCUGCCCGAGAUCCGCACCCACAACCCGCAGGCGCCGGUGCUGCUGGUGGGCACCCAGGCCGACCUGAGGGACGAUGUCAAUGUACUGAUUGAGCUGGACCAAGGCGGCCGGGAGGGCCCGGUGCCGCAGCCGCAGGCCCAGGGUCUGGCGGAGAAGAUCCGGGCCUGCUGCUACCUCGAGUGCUCGGCCUUGACGCAGAAGAACCUGAAGGAGGUGUUCGACUCGGCCAUUCUGAGCGCCAUCGAGCACAAGGCCCGGCUGGAGAAGAAGCUCAACGCCAAAGGUGUGCGCACCCUGUCCCGCUGCCGCUGGAAGAAGUUCUUCUGCUUUGUUUGAGAAGCGGCGGUCGACGGAUGGGGUGGGGGCCAGAGACUCCUGGAACAUGGGGCGUGGGGCCUCGUGGGGCCUGGCCGCCCCGGGGGGGGGGGCACAGUUCCCCUGUGUGCACUGUGGGGACAUGGGCCUCUAACUGCCCACUCUGAUAAGCCAGGGGGAGCCCAGGGCCCGGAGCAGGGAAGGCUCCGGUUUGGAUUUCUUUGGUCAAGGCUCACAGAGCAAAAUCUAGCACUUUGAUUUCUGACAGGGUCGUCCCAACAGUGUCAGUCACCCCUGAGCCGUUCGGGACCCAGUUCCCAGUUUUGUGUCAUGGGCCUGCAGGUCAGCCUCCUCGGCCCACGGGCAGCAGGAGUCCCGGUGGGCUGGAAGAUGGCCAGCCAUGGCCGGGAGACAGGCAGGGAUGGCAUGGGUAAGGCGGAGGCCAGUGAGAGGUUGAGAGAGGGAGAAGCAGGUGAAGCCUGGGAGCGUGGGACUGGAGGCUCAGCCGAGGGCUGGGCUCGGGAGGAGGAAGGCGAGGAGCAGAGCAGGGGAGCGGGGCUGCGAGGAGCUGCUGACACCCGUGCUGCCCUCAGCCCGCAAGGCCAGGGAGGGCGGGGCUGGGCCCUGGGAAGAACUGGGUCUCAGGGCUCCCCAGGCACUGCCCAAACUGGCUGGGCCAGGAGCGGGGCAGGAAGUGAGAGUCAAGGCCCAGCGAAGGGAGGGGGAGGAGCUGCCAAUUAGAGCCUGAAGGAGGAAGGGUUUGGGGUCAUCCCUUUCCCUAAGGUCACAGCCUAGGAGGUAGAGCAGUGCAGAGGAUGCAAAUAAAACCUUAAGUUUCUGAAGCUGCUGUCUCUGUCCUUUCCUGGAUUGCUGGACCGUUCGCUCCCUCAUGUCCCUCACCAAGGCCCAGGGCCCUGGUCAGAUGGAUUGGGCACCAAAGGACUGAGGCUAGGUUGAAGGGUGGGGCCUGGCCCAGGAGGGACAGUGUGCUGGGAACUGCACUUGGCGGGGGGCAGGUGUGGGGCUCCCUGCUUGGGGCUUAGCUGGUUCCCAGGACAGCUAGCGUGGGAAGCAGCCUGGAAACGGGUUUCCCCAGGUGUCAGUGCCAGAGCUGCUUUCCCAUGACCUCACCAGGUGGGUGGGGCACCCUUCGCUCUCUGUCUCCUAGCUAGAGCACAGCGCUCAGCUGGGGCAAUCCCAAGCCUUCUAACCUGCUCCGAUCCUUCUGACAGUGCAUGGGGCGCAGGGACUCAGGGUGGAGGACCCUCCCUCCAGUUCUUAACUUGAACAUGAAGGGAACCCUGUACAGCCUUAAACCUCAACCGCUGGCCCAGGUGUUCCUCUCUGGCAGGUCAGGACCCAUGGAAGGGUCGGUGUUGAAGGGCCUAUACGAAAGUGUUCUCUCUGCGGGUACAAGGGGCAGAUAUCCAGAGACCACUGCCUGGAGUUGGAGCUGGAAGGGUUUUUAAAGGGCAUGUUGGAGAGAACAAAGCCAAACACAGACUUACAAGGAACUAGGCUCAGAGAACAAGGGUGGUAUCCCACGUGAGGUGUUAGUACCAAGAGGUUGUAAGGGUGCUUGGCGUGGUGUUAUUCCUGUAGAGAUAUUUCUGAGGCACACCUGGACACCUGCUGAGGUGGGCGCUCACACCCAUGCCAGUCUGCCGGGCCUAGCUCCCUCUGCUGGGUGAAUGUGUGUGUGAAAAAGAGCAUGGCUGAGGGACAGAAACUGUAGCCAAGUGAAACCUCUGAUAAUCCCAAGUUUGGUUUUACUCAAGCCCACAUCCUGCCCCGCCAGAGCCUGCCCCGCAGAGCUCCAGCCACCUUGCCUCCUGUUGUGCCCGUGCUGCUGGCCUGGGAUGGCCGGGUCUGGAGGCCUCUCAGUGAGAGCCCAGGCUGACACAUUCCCUUCAGGAGCAGAGACCCUGGCUUCAAGUUCAGGACAUGACACCAGCCAUGACCUCAGGCAAAUCAGUUCCCUUCUUUGUGCCUCAGUUUCCUGGUUUGCAGAGUGAGACUCAGGACUCUGAGUGGAUUAGGGAGUUUUUAAACUGCCCAGGGCCUGGGAGGUACCGCAGGGAGGGCCACAGAAGCCUACUCAGGUGGUCUCGGGCUCCCCUCCUGCCAUCCCUCUCCAUUCCCUCAUGGUCCCCGCACAUCCGUGGCACUCAAAGGGAAAGCUGUCCUGCUGGGUCUUUGAGCCUGGUGAGGCCGCCACAGCCUUGGCCUGCGUCCUGCCUCUGUGGCUGCCCACUGCCACCCGUCCUGUGCAGCUGCUCUCUCUCUGACACCUUGUAGCUCCAGGCCAUCUCUGGCUCUCAGCUCCUAGCAAUGAAGGCCUCACAUCUGACAGCAGCCCGCAGCAGCUCCCUCCGUCCAUCCCCAUCUACCACCUGCUGGCUUAUCCCCCAGUUAUCUCCUGGCCCCCUGACUGGGCUGGGCUUUCUCCAGCUAACCCCCCCCACCAGGACCCAGAUCCCCCCCUCACUCCCAGACAUCCUGUGUCUCCUGCCUGCCUCCCGACACCUCCCUGGGCACACCGAGGGCACUGAGCUUUGCUGCAGACUUGAGCUGCAGCUCCCCAGCUGCGUGGAGAGCCAGAGGAAGCCCCGCACACGCUUUUAUGCUCCCAUGGGGUCUUGCCCUCAGCCCAGGUCUGCUGAGGGGUGAAAGCCCGUGAGCCCUGGGGGGGCGGUGAAACACGCUGAGGCUCACGGCCGGAGCCUGGGCAGGGCCAGGGAGGGUGACCUCGGCUUCCAGACCCCCGGCUCUCUCUGCCUCCCCACUAAUAUGCUCACACUCUAAUUCUAGGGAGUGCUUUGAUUUCUCUCUCUGACUCUCCUUUGUCUCAUUUCCCCUUCAUUCUCUACUCUCAAGUCUAUAUUUAAAGGACUAUUAUGUUCAUUGGAUAAAUUUGUGUUUACUUACUUAUGUCCUUAAAUCAAUGUUUUUUUUUAAUUAAAAAAAUUUAUUUGAAAGGCAGAUGGUGGCAGGGUGGGGGGAGAGAGAGAAAGAGAGAGAGGGAGAAAACUUGCUGGUUCACUCCCCAAAUGGUUACAAUAGCUGGGGCUGGGCUGGGGCUGGGGCUGGGGCUGGGGCUGGGCCAGGCUGAAGCCCAGAGCCCUGAACACCAUCCAGGUCUCCCCCAUGGGUGUCAGGGGCCCAGGCACUUGAGCCAUCUUCAGCUGCUUUCCCAGGUGCAUUAGCAGGGAUCUGGAUGGGAAGUGGAGCAGCCGAACCUCAAACCUGCACCCAUAUGGGAUGUCUGCAAUACAGGUGGUGGCUUAACCUGCUGUGCUGCGAUGCUGGCCCUAUGCAUAUGUAUUUUAACAUUUUUUUGUGAUCAUGCUGCAGAUACAAUUUUAUACAUAUUUUUUCAUUUAGAAUGUUGUGCUCUUUCAUUUCAUUGUAAAGUCUGGAAAUGAGACUACCUACAUAUGUUUUUGCUCAAUAUUUCACACCAACCUUGCUUUCUUUAGCUGGAUCUGCAUUGGGGGGCUUUUAGGUUGUUAUCCAUUUUUUAUUAUUAUUAUUAUGAGUGACACAUGUGCAGUUGCAGAAGGUUUGGAGACUGGGCCCGAUAUGAUGGCCAGCAACUCUUCCGAGGGUGCUGGGUUUCUGUGUGCAUGACUCUGGGCCUGACUGGUGGGUGUUCAAUAAAUACUAGGCGAUGA